AUGAGAGGUGAAGAUGAUGCUGAAGAUGAUCGUACUCGACCAGGCAGAGGAGAGGUAGUCUCUUAUAUACCUGCGAUGAAGCAGCACUGCCUCGACAUCAGCCCUCAUGGAGGAUGGCAUUUUGAUCCUAAGAACGCCGUAUCUCGUCUAUACGACAGCCGAGUUGAUAUCGUAGAUGUCUUCAGCUCCGUUGACCGUGCUGUGGCUGUUGAGCCUUCAAGAGUAUUUGAUAUCUUUGAGCUUAGCCAGGAACGUAUUCAUAAUGCCAAGACCUCGUAUAGCGGCUUGCAGGGGACGUAUUCAGUGCGACAGGGGGCGUAUUCCAAGGGGCAUGGCUUCAUGAGGCUUUGGACGGUCCAUCUUACUGAUACCCUCAGCACUGCCACUGACAUUGACGAUGUCAGUCUCAUCUCCGAGAAGUUCAGAUGGGUAUAA